AGUUAAAAAUUCUACAAAAGGAAAUAACAAAAAAUAGUAACAAAAUUAUCACACUACCACAUAAAAAUAAGACCUCUUCUUCCCCCAUUCUUCACUUUCCCCUCUUUGUCAAACCCACGGCAAGACUCCAAAAACCAAAGCUCUUUCAAAUCCUCACCACCCUUUCACCUCCCCUCUCCACCACCCACCACCGCCACCGCAAAAAUGGGGAAAGGCGCCGCCUUGUCAAACGGAUUAGUGAAAAAGAUCAUUCUUUCCUAUACCUAUGUAGCAAUCUGGAUCUUCCUUUCCUUCACUGUCAUUGUCUACAACAAAUACAUUCUUGACCGCAAGCUCUACGGCUGGCCUUUUCCCAUUUCUCUAACAAUGAUCCACAUGACCUUUUGCUCUUCUUUAGCUUUCCUUCUCGUUCGUGUCUUCAAAGUUGUUGAACCUGUUUCCUUAUCUCGUAAUGUUUAUCUCACUUGCAUACUUCCUAUUGGUGCACUUUACUCUGUUUCCCUUUGGCUUUCAAACUCUGCUUAUAUUUACCUCUCUGUUUCCUUUAUUCAAAUGUUGAAAGCCCUUAUGCCUGUUGCUGUUUAUACCAUCGGGAUCUUGUUCAAAAAGGACACUUUCAAGAAUUCUACUAUGGGUAACAUGAUGGCUAUUUCUGUUGGUGUUGCUAUUGCUGCUUAUGGUGAAGCAAAGUAUGAUUCUUGGGGUGUUUUACUUCAGUUGCUUGCUGUUUUGUUUGAGGCUACUAGGCUUGUUAUGAUCCAGAUCUUGUUGACUUCAAAGGGUAUUAGUUUAAACCCCAUUACUUCUUUGUACUAUGUUGCUCCUAGCUGCUUGGUUUUCUUGUCAAUCCCUUGGAUCUUUGUGGAGCUUCCUGUUUUGAGAGAGAGCUCGAGUUUCCAGUUUGAUUUUGCUAUUUUUGGGACUAAUUCACUGUGUGCGUUCGCUUUGAACUUGGCUGUGUUUCUUUUGGUUGGAAAGACAUCAGCUUUGACUAUGAAUGUUGCUGGGGUUGUUAAAGAUUGGCUGCUUAUUGCAUUUUCUUGGUCGGUGAUUAAGGAUACUGUGACUCCAGUGAAUUUGAUUGGGUAUGGAUUGGCAUUCUUAGGAGUUGCGUACUAUAAUCAUCAGAAGUUACAGGCAUUGAAGGCAAAAGAAGCACAGAAGAAAGCUCAGCAAGCAGAUGAGGAAGCAGGGAGAUUGUUGACUGAGAGAGAAUCUAAUGGAUCA